AAUUAAAUCAUGUCCGGAAUAACAAUAUUUUUUAAAUCAUUAAUCAAAUUAGAGCUACAUUACACACAUGUGUAAAUAACUAUUUAAUACGCCAGUCAGACAUAAGAAUUUAGGUCGAAGCAAGUUUAUAAAUAUGCAAAAUGAAAAUCAAAUUUAUAUAACGUGCGUGUGGUAUCAUACCACACACGAUAUAAACUCUCAUGACAUUUAUUGGCAAAAAAACUUUACUCAUGUCACGUGACAUCUGACCAUCUACCCCCCCUCGUGAUAAUUCGUGACAAAUUUCAGACCCCCUCCCCCCCUCUAAUCGAUCACGUGAUUUAUGGACGCUCCCUUACGGAUCUUGCGACAUAUAUCAAUAAUAUUGAAGCUAGUCAGGGAGACGUCGAAACAGUUACUCACGGUGUGAUAAACGAUAUACUAGCUAUCUAUGAUAUACUAGCUCCAAUUAGAACAGUUACUUAUUAUGUGCAUCAACAUAAAAAGUUUGUAUCGUGCAAAACACGACAUAUUAUUAAGCAGCGAGACAAGGCGUACAAGGCAUGUCGUCGUGACCCAUCACCAGCUAAUAUCCAAUCAUUUAAGAACUACAAGUCACUCGUUAAAAGAAAUAUUCUGGAGGACACCAAACAUGAAUUUAAUAAGAAAGUGGAGAAGCUUCACUUCUGGGGAGCUCUAGAAAAAAUAUACCCUCUACUAAGCCCUGCAGCUGAAAUUAACUUGGAACCUGACACCGUAAAUUCUUUUUUUCGUGAACAUCUCGACAAGGGACCACGCCCAAACACUGCCACCACUACCUACAAAACCCGCACUACUCUGGGACGACCUCGACCUUUCUUUUAAAUUCUGGGAAUUAUCCACACAAGACAUUCUGAAGGCGUGGAAAGGCACAAAAAACAAAGGAUCGACAUCCCUCGACACGACCGGAUUGUGCAACAAAAUGAUGAAUAUGUGUAUGACAUCUCCUAAAUUUAGAAUUAUUAUCAUGAACUUAUUUAACAUGUAUAUUAAUGAGGAAAGCGUCCCGAAUAUGCUUAAACUAGCUAAGGUGAUUCCAAUACCAAAGGUAAAAAAUCCAGUAUCGCCAAAUGAGCUUAGACCGAUAGCAAUCCAACCUGUACUAACUAAAUUAUUUGGUAAAUGUAUAUUCAACCAACUUUCUACUUAUCUUGAAUCUAAUACUUUGUUGUCAGAAUUCCAGUUCGGCUUUCGCAAGUUCCAUUCCACCACGCAUGCCCUAAUAGCGGUCACUGAUUUUGUAUACAAAGCAUGGGAGAAUGAUCAAGUAUGUAUUAUGGUGGCGCUGGAUGUUGCGAAGGCCUACGAUAAGGCCUGCAAAGAGGUUCUACUACACAAACUAAAAUGGUAUGGAGUAGAUUCUAAACUUGUGAGGUCAUUUCUAGAAAAUAGGCAACAAUUUGUAUGUAUCUCCUGCAAUAAUUGUACUAAAACAUCUAGCACGCGUCCUACUAAUCUAGGUUUUUCUCAAGGGUUAUGUAUUAGUUGUGUUCUGUUUUUGAUAAUGAUGAACGACCUGCCGUACCAUUUAAAAAACAGUUUAUGUGUUAUGUUUGCCGAUGACAGUGGUGUGUUAAUUUCUGGUGAUAUUGAUCAUAUAGAACAAGUUGUAAAUAAUCUGAAUGAUGAUCUGGAUAGGAGUAUGCGUUGGAUGGAAGCAAACAGGCAAGAACUGAACGUAAAUAAAUGUGAAUUUAUUGUAUUUGCCCCCCGUAAAUUAAAAUCGGCUGUAUCAGAUAUUGUUAUACAAAUUAACGACACACCUAUUAGAAGGGUUACUUGUACAAAAUUAUUGGGGGUAUUAUUGGAUGAAGAUCUAAAGUUCAAUAAUCAAUGUGAUAAGGUGAUAAAGGGUUGUAACAGCUCUCUUUGGUCAAUUGGUCCCCUUAAAAAUGUCGCGGAACGCAAGAAUAAGGUACUAUUAAUACAUACACUGGUAUUCUCUAGUCUGUUAUACGCAUCUCCUGUAUGGCUAUUUGGUAAGAAUAAUUUAAAGUGUGUAAAUAAGGUAAUCAGAAAAUGUGCAAGAUAUGUAUGCAAUAAAGGGAAAUAUGACCCUAUAUCCGAUGACUUAUCAGUCGACUUGGAAUGGUUAGUAGCGGAAAAUAUGGUGCAGGCUGAGUUGUGUAAAUGUGUGUCUAAAAUGCUAAAUGGCUGCUGUCCCAAAUAUUUGCCAAUUAUGUACCAAUAAGCACCGUUAUAUAUAGAAAUACUCGAAAUAAUACUUACUAUAAGCCAGAUAUUUUAAUUAGUAAUAAUAUUGCCAAAAAGUCCUUUAAAUAUAGGGCAGCAAUGUCAUGGUCUAAUCUACCAUUAAAUUUAAAAAAUGAGCAUGGAAAGAUGAGUCUAAUUAUGUUUAAAAAAGAGGCGAAGAAGUACUUUUUAAAUGUCCAGAAUACAAAAAGAGUUAUAGAAUUAUUCGAGUUAUUCGAUUCGGAUUAGUAUCAAGAUUUUCUAUGACGUAAUCAUCAUUUGGUAUAUGUAUGUACAAGCAAAAUGAAAAUUGUGUAAUGUAUGACUUUCUUUUUUAUCCUUGAGGUGUAAAGUCCCAUGCAGUGGGGUGCCUCAUUGAAAUAAAUCAAAUCAUGCACGGGCCCGUUACAGUGCAAACUGAGUGACGACAUCUAAAGGUCCCAGGACCAAUAAAUCCACGAGCAGCGUUGAGGUUAACUUCGUGUAUCAGUGCUGAGAAAAAUAAUAAUGACAUCAAACAUUAACUAGGAACUUCAUCCACAACAAAUUCAAUUUUUUUGAAAAAUAUUUAACUAACCUAUGACUAUUUUAGGGGCUGUUAUGCCCUCCCCCUGUCUCGCUCUCAAAGCAACUUGCCGGUAGAUGUUGUCAAAUGGGACGAGUUUGAUGGCAGUUUUAGUAAUUACCAGAUUCGACCCAGCACUUCGGACGUUGAUUUUCUUCACAUCAGCCAUUAAAAGACAAAGUGGAAAUUUGCAUGAAUUCAGGUCUGUGCAUGCAAAUCAUCAACGCCGAACUCCCAGGAUCCUCACUCCAACCAGGCAUGAUCUACACUGCCCGUUACUCCCUCGUUCCCAACGAUAUCCUUUCAGGUCAAACUGUCGAAUUCAGGGGUCAAAUUGUUCACACCAACAACCAAAUCGUGGAGAUUUGUCUCGCCGCUGACGUGAUCAUUUUGAUUCCAGUAGGAUAAGAAGUUUACCAUAUUUUAGAUAGAUUACAAGUCGUGAAAUGUUUUUGAAACCAAAUGUGAAAAUAAAAUACAAAUUCAAAAUUCCGAUA